AUGAACUCUCUCAAGAACGCCGGCCACGCCAUCUCCGAGAAGGCCCAGGAAGUCGCCCACGGCGGCAGCUACCAGGCCAACAAGUCGGUUGCCAAAGACUCCAAUGCGCCAAUCGGCACUCGCCUGAGCGCUGCCAAGGACGCUGUCGGCGAUAAGGCCAAGCAGGAGCACCACGGUGCCAAGGGACGCAGCCAUCGGGAGCUCAUCUAA